AUGGAAUUAAAUAGAACGCGCAAAGGGCCGCUGCCUGGAGGUCGCCAGGGCGCGUCUGGAGCUGGCGCUGGACGCGACAACAUGCGAACCACCAGCCAAGCGCGAGGUGCUGCACGACCACCUAGCAGCCCCUCGCAUCCAUCGUACCCACCAGCUGGCUUGGUGUCGGCAGGGUCUUUGCGGGCCCAGCAAUCGGCACCCGCCACUGGUGGAGUACGCCGCAUGCGUUGGACAACCCAGAUGAACAGCAACGCAUUGCGGGCGUAUUUUAGGGCGAAAGGGGGAGAAACUGGAGGUUUUGCGUAUCGGGCAAGGAUGCAUCGAAUUUUUGCUGAGCUGGAGCCAUCUGUAACCGUCACCGAGCAAAACCUGGCAGACCGAGUUCGGUAUAUCUUGCGCUCAAAUACAUUUGAUGUCACCUCGAACGGCUACGACGUGAAGCUGUUCCUUCAUCGGGUGAAAAUGCUGCGGCGGUGCGGCGCCACAACUUGCUGA